AUGGCUGAGGGAAAUGAAGAUGAUGUGUACAUGCUUGAGGUGGCAGUCCCACCAUUUGAGAAUGAAUUUGAAGAAGAACAACUGGAAGUGGAUUGUGUAGACGCUUUUUCAAAAUUGCCCACUACCGAAGUCAACUCAUUUCGAUGGACCAGCCUUAAAAAGAAAGUUCUCGAGUACAAGGACUAUCUAGAAGCGAAGGCAGACCACCUAAAUACUGUAAAGCACGAUGAUGAGUCGUCUCAGGAGUAUUAUAAAAGGUGCUUAUUAGUGUUGAAACGACUAAACACAAUUGAAAGAGAGGCCAUUGAGAAGAGACAAUCAACACGUCCAAGUAAACGACGUCGAUGUUGA